AUGGCUCCCUCAGCCCUCCAACAAAUCCUCCUCUCCCCCGCCGAACUAUCCUACCUCCACACCUCCCUCUCAUACACCCCUCCAAUCCGUCCCGACGGCCGCACCUCAACCCAAUUCCGCCCCUUAAUAGCAGAAUGUGACAUCCUCCCGGGAACAAACGGUAGCGCGCGCAUAUGUUUCGCAGACGGCACCGAAGCAAUCGUAGGAAUCAAAGCAGAGGUCGAGAAAUCGCGUCCUACAUUCCGGGAAGACGAAGAUGAGGGGAAGAAAGGCAGGAAUGAGUGGGUGGAAAUAAGUGUAGAGAUUCCGGGGUUUAGAGAUGAUGAUUCGAUGCCUGUGUUUUUGGGAGCGAUGUUGAGUGAGGCGUUGCUUGCGGAUGGGAGUUUUGUCGAGAGGCUGUGGAUUAAUCGGAGGUUUCACUGGAAGAUUUAUUUAGAUAUUCUACUCCUUUCACAGCCACUAUCAUACCCAUUACCACUCCUCUCACUAACCACCCACCUCGCCCUCCUCUCCACCCGUCUCCCCGCCCUAAAAUCAGAACAAGACGAAGACCCCCUCUUCAACGACGACUGGGACGCGGCCGUCUACCUCUUCCCGCGCGAAUCAGACAUCGCCCGUCCACCUAUCACUCUCCUCGUCAUGGCCGUGGGAUCCAACAUUAUUUUCGACCCUUCCAAAGAAGAACUCGCAGUCGCGGAAUCCGUCCUCGCUGUGUCAGUAGCUGAACGUCCGACCGACGAUGAAAGCAGGAGUUUGAAGUUGUUGGCUGUAAGAACGAUUGACCCGCCGAGUCGACUUACGCAGCCUGGCGUCGCGAACGAGGUUAAUACUGCGACGGGCGGGACGGCAGUGGGGAGUGUGGGGGAGCGCGUGUUGAAAAGGGAGAUCAAAGGGGAGAAGGGGGUUUGGCAGCCGCCGAGGGGAGGGGCGAAGAGGGUACUUGUUAGGGAGAUGAUUAGACGGGUGCUGGAGCCGGGAGGCGUGGCUGAUGAGGUGUUGGAGGGGUUGGAGGGUGUGGAGCUGGGCUGA